CUGGACCAUGGUGUGCAUCUAACCUCAGCAUAGCAGAAACUACGAACGUGCCAACAGUUUGGCCAUCUCAGGGAGUGCUGGAGCGGAUUUGUCUACUGAACAAGGUGACCCUUAAAAAAAAACACAGGAAGAAUGCUUUUCAACACCUCCAUCCGCAUGUCUGAAGACCAACCCUCUCCAAAGCAUGACAAAAACGCUGUGGACAUCGACGCCAUCAUGGACAACGUUACGAUUGUCCUCUACACCAUCACCAUCGUGCUGGGCGUCACGGGAAACUCUGUGGUCAUUUGGAUGACGGGGUUCAAGCUGCGUCCCAGUGUCACCAACGUUUGGCUGGUCAACCUGGCAGUGGCCGACCUGAUCUUCUGUUUUACACGCAUCAUCUCGCUCGUCAAGAAGCUCUUCUUCAACUACUGGCCCUUUGGGGUUUUCCUCUGCAAGUUCAACGGCUUCUUCAAGUACGCCAACAUGUUCUGCAGCGUCUUCCUGCUGAUGGUGAUCAGCGUGGACCGAGUGCUGUGCGUGUGGAGGCCGGUGUUCACCAAACGAAGGCGCACUGUCUGCGCUGCCAGGCUUGUCAGCGUAGGGGUGUGGACCAUAGCAGUGGUCAUGAGCUCUCCGUAUUUCGUCUUUCGGCAGGUCUACCUCAAAAAUAACCGAAGCAAGUGCUCUCUGGAGACGAAGGAGUCAGAUGGUGACAACACAUCCAAGAUAGCAUUGUACAGUAUUCGGUUCCUGUGCGGUUUCCUUCUGCCGUUUCUGAUCAUCCUCUGUUGCUAUGCACUGGCUGGACUUGGCAUACGCCGAACCAGGUUCACCGGCAAAUCUCGGCCCCUGCGGAUCCUUGCACUGCUUGUCUGUGCCUUCUUCCUUUGCUGGGGACCCUACCACUUUCUCCAGUUGGCCAAACUGGUUAACAGCAAGAGCCAGUUAGUGAAAAUAGGGCUGCCCCUGGCCUCAGGUUUGGCCUAUUUUAACAGCUGUUUGAACCCCCUGCUGUAUUUUUGCAUGGGCUUUAACUUGAGGCACAGUUUCAGGCAGGGCCUUUCCACGAUUUAUCGCCGGGCCCUGGUGGAGGACGGAGAGGGCACCACUUUGCAAUCUCAAGAACACACUGCGGACGAGAUUUCGGGCACCGCGCCCAGCCUCACAAGGGUGGGGUACAGCUCAACAGAGGACCAAGCCAAUGUCUGA